AUGGAGCCAAGAAAUAAAACACAAAUUGCAGGAUUUCUUCUUCUUGGAUUUUCAGAGAUAGCAGAACUGCAGCCCCUCACAUUUGGGCUUUUCCUCUCCAUGUACCUCAUCACUAUUUUGGGAAACCUGCUCAUCAUUAUGGCCACCAUAUCUGACCCCCACCUCCACACGCCCAUGUACUUCUUCCUUGCUAACCUAUCUUUUGUAGACAUCUGUUUCACCUCCACUACCAUCCCCAAGAUGCUGCAGAAUAUUCAGACACACAGCAAAGUUAUAACUUAUGAAGGUUGUAUCACCCAGAUGAAUUUUGCAUUAUUCUUUGGUGUGCUGGAUGACCUUCUCUUGACUGUGAUGGCCUACGACCGAUUUGUGGCCAUCUGUCACCCCCUCCACUACACAGUCAUAAUGAACCCCCGAAUCUGUGGGCUCUUGGUCCUGGUGUCCUGGAUCCUGAGUGCCCUGCAUUCCUCAUUACAAAGCUUAAUGGUGUGGCGACUAUCCUUCUGUACAGGCUUGGCAAUCCCCCACUUUUUCUGUGAACUUUAUCAAGUGAUCCAUCUUGCUUGUUCUAAAACCAUUCUUAAUGACUUGGUGAUGUAUUGUGCAGCUGUGCUGCUGGCUGGGGGGCCCCUCGCUGGCAUCCUUUACUCUUACUGUAAGAUAGUAUCCUCCAUUCGAAGAAUCUCAUCAGCUACAGGGAAGUAUGCAGCAUUUUCCACCUGUGCCUCUCACCUCUCAGUUGUCUCCUUAUUUUAUUGUACAGUCCUAGGCGUGUACCUUAGCUCUGCUGGUACUGACAGCUCACACUCAAGUGCAACAGCUUCGGUGAUGUACACUGUGGUCACACCCAUGCUGAACCCCUUCAUCUACAGUCUGAGGAACAAAGACAUAAAGAGGGCUCUGAGAAGUUUCUUAUGA